UGACCGGCGCUGCCACGUGACCGCGGCGCGGGGAUGGCGGCGGCGGUGACUUCGGUGGCGGCGGCGGCGCUGCUGACGGCGCUGAGCGCGGCGCUGGAGAACGGGCUGGCGCGCACGCCCCCCAUGGGCUGGCUGGCCUGGGAGCGGUUCCGCUGCAACGUGGACUGCGGCGGGGAUCCCCGGCAUUGCAUCAGUGAGACACUCUUCUUUGAGAUGGCAGACCGCUUAGCGGAGGAUGGCUGGAGGGAGCUGGGCUACAAAUACAUCAACAUCGAUGACUGCUGGUCAGCCAGGCAGCGGGACGCAGAGGGACGGCUGAUUCCUGACCCCGAGAGGUUUCCCAGGGGGAUUAAGGCUCUGGCUGACUACGUCCAUGCUCGCGGUCUGAAACUGGGUAUUUAUGGUGAUCUGGGCACCCUUACCUGCGGGGGCUACCCGGGCACCACGCUGGACCUCGUAGAGCGGGACGCCCAGACCUUUGCGGAGUGGGGUGUGGACAUGCUGAAGCUGGAUGGGUGCUACUCAUCAGCAGAGGAGCAGGCAGAGGGCUACCCACAAAUGGCAAGGGCCUUGAACGCCACGGGCCGUCCCAUCGUCUACUCCUGUAGCUGGCCAGCGUAUCAGGGGGGGCUUCCCCCCAAGGUGAACUACACCAUCCUGGAAGAGGUCUGCAACCUCUGGCGUAACUAUGACGACAUCCAGGACUCCUGGGACAGUGUACUUUCCAUCCUGGACUGGUUCUUCGAAAACCAAGAUGUGCUGCAGCCGGCGGCUGGCCCUGGACAUUGGAAUGACCCAGACAUGCUCAUCAUUGGAAACUUUGGCCUUAGCUACGAGCAGUCACGCUCCCAAAUGGCCUUGUGGACAGUGAUGGCAGCUCCACUUCUCAUGUCCACGGAUCUACGCACCAUCUCCCCGAGUGCCAAGGAGAUCCUGCAGAACCGCCUGAUGAUCCAGAUCAACCAGGACCCCCUGGGAAUCCAGGGGCGCAGGAUUGUCAAGGAGAAGUCCCACAUCGAGGUGUUCCUACGGCCGCUGUCCCAGGGCGCCAGUGCCCUCGUCUUCUUCAGCAGGAGGACAGAUAUGCCUUUCCUCUACACCACCAGCCUGGCCAAGCUCCACUUUCCCGAGGAUGCCGUAUAUGAGGUACAAGACGUGUACAGCGGAAAGAUCAUCAGUGGCUUAAAGACAGGAGACGACUUCUCAGUCGUUAUUAAUCCCUCAGGGGUGGUGAUGUGGUAUCUGUGUCCCACGGUGCAGCCCUGGCGUGCUGUCAGACAGCAAGCUCCUGGUGAGGGUUUCCACCCGGUCCUCCUGUGACGAGGCUCAUCUGAUGGGAGCGUGGGUCCAUGCCUGAGUGAGCUGAGACCCUGGGGCACGUGGCUCUUCACUGCACAAGUGCCUUUUGCCAGCAUAUCCAGUGUUGCUGGGGAGUAACCAUGCCCCUGAUGCCAGCUCGAUGAUGUCUACUCAGUCUGUGUAAAGCGGGAAUUCUUCUUACCCACCUCCUAAGGAUGUGCAGAGCAUGAUUUCUCAAUGAUUGCAAAGCCCUUUGAGAUCCUCCUGUAGGAGGUGCCAUAAAAGCAGAGUCCAGCCUCUGUUGGAGUUGUCACCUUUGAACUGGGUACUGCUGACCGCUGCAGGGCUGUUUGAACUAAACCCGAAGAAAGACUUUGGAUGCUUUAUUAUCUUCUGAGGUAGUGCCCCCUGCCCCCAUGCGUGAUUCCGUUAGCCUCAAGGACCAGACCUGAUCGCUUUCUUUUCUUUGCUACAAUCAGCUUGACUUAGAAUAAGGAGCCAUUAGCAGGGGUGCACGCUUUCAAGGACCAAGAGCUCCUAGAGGCAUCAUAGAAUAGUUUGGGUUUGAAGGGACCUUAAAGAUCAUCCAGUUCCAACCCCCCUGCCAUGGGCAGGGACACCUCCUACUCGAUCAGGCUGCCCAAGGCCCCAUCCAACCUGGCCUUGAAAACCUCCAGGGAUGGAACAUCAACAGCUUCCCUGGGCAACCUGUGCAUGUCUCUCACCACCCUCAUGGUGAAGAAAUUCUUCCUUAUGUCUAGUCUAAAUCUUCCCCUCUCCAGUUUAUACCCAUUGCUCCAUGUCCUAUCACUACAAGCCUUUGUGAACAGUCCCUCCCCAGCUUUCCUGUGUACCCUUCAAGUACAUCAGUUCAUAGAAUCAUAGAAUCACCAGGUUGGAAAGGACCCACUGAUCGUCGAGUCCAACCGUUCCUAACACUCCCUUAAACCACAUCCCUAAGCGCUUCAUCAACCUGUUCCUUGAACACCUCCAGGGAAGGUGACUCGUCCACCUCCCUGGGCAGCCUGUUCCAGUGCCUGAUGACUCUUUCUGUGAAGAAUUUUUUUCUGAUAUCCAGCCUGAACCUCCCCUGGCGGAGCUUCAGGCCAUUCCCCCUUGUCCUGUCCUCAGUCACUUGGGAGAAGAGGCCAGCUCCCUCCUCUCCACAACCUCCUUUUAGGUAGUUGUAGAGAGUAAUAAGGUCACCCUUCAGCCUCCUCUUCUCCAGGCUGUUACGUUGGUCCUGGGCAGAUCUGAUCCUGCAGAUCCAAUCCUGCUGCCAGGAUCCUAGAGCACUUUAACAGGCUGGCGUGCCAGCUAGCAUAGCAUUAAAGCCCCUUUUGUGGCUGUGCAGAGCAGAGCAAAAAAAACCAGCCACGGCCAACCCCAGCAGCCUUGCUGUGAUGGAGCACCAAAAACUGCAGAGCCACAGCUGGUUGUGUAUGAGUAGUGUGGGGAAGAUGUUGAUGCUCAUUUGAGGUCAUCUGUUGAAUUGGGAGCUGGUCACAG